AUGAUCGUUUUCGUCCUAGCCUUUUUCCUCAUCGUUUACGAACAAACAGAGUGGACCGAUCAUUGCGCCAAUAUACUUCCACAUGACGCGGUCGUGCGUUCCCUACGCUCCAUUGUCAAAUUGAACUGGAAAGGCGCCGAGUCAGGUCAAAUCGGCGCAGUAAACGGUGUUCUUCCAAAAGGACAAUUCGACACCUCGAACAUGCAAUCCGAGGAGUUCUGGGUGGCUGUAAAUUACUGCCUUGGUUCCCUCCUGAUGCUCGAGGACAUGCCCGAGGAUGGAUUUGAACUGACAAGAGUCUGUUUUGAGCACGUUUACGAUGAGUUGGGAUUACAUUUUCAGACACCCGAAGCCUAUACCAAGGACAGGACCUAUAGAUCACUGGGCUACAUGCGGCCAUUGGCUUUUUGGAGUAUUCAUCAGGCUCUCAAGCUCAUUGGUCCUUAA